AUGACCAGGCUCCGCGGAGCUUCAGAGAGAUUGCCAGAUGUUGCGCGCGACAGUCCGCAGUUCUACCGGUCGAAACUCCCGCCCAAUGCACCGGAGGUUAUCGUUCAGAAUACAGUCGAAGUGUCGCAUCCGGCCCAGGUCUUGCCGUGGUAUCGCGAUGAUCGACGGAGGCAGUUUCAUCUUUUGGUUCGCAGAUAUAAAAACCAAGUUCUUUAUGGAUGUCAGGAUCCCAACUGCCUUACAUCGACUUGUGCCAGUUACCGGAGGAGAGUUACCGAAGGACCGUUUCGUCGCUACACCGAGUUAAGCGCCCGGACACUGGCCUGCUACCUAGCAAGCUUGGAUAAUGCCGAGAACGGCCUUUGUCGCAAUCCUCCCAGAUCGUUCUGGGAAUCGCCGCAUGAUGCCCCACGUCGAUCUAGAAGACAUAGCCGUGGACUUCCGGAGCGCGACGAGACGGGAAAGCAUGGGAAUUCGAUAGCACAACAGGAAAGUGCCUCUACAGAGGUCGCGCAGGCCAGCAGCCAUAUACAAAAGUCCACAGAUCAAUAUACGGCAUCGGAGAAGUUGAAGGACCCCAAAUCCUUCACGCAAAAUCUCUUCGACACACUGUCUUUGCGGAUGGUCGACUGGCUUCCUCUGCGGCGUUCACAUGACACCCUAGAUUCACGUCCUGACCGAGCGCCAACGCAACCUGCGCCUCAUCCCCCAAAACUGGACAGUCACCCCAGCAAAUCCGACUCUAAAAAGGACGAGCGUCCCCCGAGUCGCAGGUAUUCUGGUACUCCCAGUGGGAAUUACUGCACUUAUUCGCCGCGGACCUCUAGCCGUCAACCGGCUGCGGUGGAGGUAAAGCUGCCCAACCAACAUGUGAAACGCCUUUCGCUCACAGAGUCGGAUCAAUGGUGUCAGGGUCCGCGGUCGAGCUUUGAAGAAAAGGUGCAUCCGGAGCGAAAGCCGGCUAAAAAGCUUUCUAUAAAUGCGCACCCAACUACGACUGAAUACACCAACCUGCCCUCGCCGCCGGCACUGAAACAUCGCCCCCAAAAACAUCGGGGAAGAACGGAGGAAGUUAAUGGUAUCAAGCCAUCUGAGCGACAGAAGAAAGAGAGACGUGUCUCCUGGGAUGGAUCGAAACUCUUGAAUGACGUCCAAAGCUUUGAGAAUCGACAACCUCCAGCAGUCACUCCAGAGCCGCCAAUAGAGAUCCAGUCACCCAGUGACCGCAAGCCGAAGCGCAAGUCGCAACCUUGUCAAAAGGAAACUGUACCGACAGUUCAGACAGUCACACAUCUCUCAAAGGAGAUUGUCGAUGGGCUAGGGCAAGUCAUGAUACAGUCUGAAGAAGAAGCUCAGCGAUGGAAAGAAGAACUCGAAUAUAUGGAACUUACCGGUAACUACGAUGGUUCUGAUUGGUUUUCUGCAACACCACGCCAGCAGCAGGCGUUCGCCUUUGUCGCCCAGUCAGUAUUUUAUUCAUUAAGCGGUCCGAGGCAGAUCUUGCGUUGCUUUCGAAAAGGUGCAAGCGGCAAUAACAACGGGAAAGACAGGUCGCCACGCCUUGAUUUCCGAGAGAUCCAAUCGUCACUCCGCAAGCUCACAACUGUAUGCCCCUGGGAUAUGGUCUUACAUAGCCUGUGGGGUGCUGUGGGGAAGUUAUUUGUUCCUCCCAAGGAAUUACCCAUGUCUGGCAGACAUUCGCGACGUUCAUCAGCAACUUCGAGCAUAGCAGCACCCGUAUCAGCUCCUAUACUGGUGCGUCGAGCUUCUGAUAACACACAGGAAGAGCACGUCACAGAUGCGAAUGCGGCUCAUAUAGUCACAGUUGCACUUUUCGCCUUGGCUGGAUCGCUUCCUGAGGUGGACGCUUCAACAUGGCGGGGCAUUCUUCGGAUGCGUGCUAUUGGCACGGUGGCUGCGGAUGCUGAAAUGCGGAAACUUCCGUCUACAAGUGCUGAGUUGGUCACGGAGGUCACUGACAAAUUCGAGCAUGACCUUGCUCUCCGGCUUGCGAAUCGUCUAGUUCGCGCCUUGACGGCGCGUUUAGCGUUCCAUGAAAUUUCAAAAGCACGCGAUUCUACCUUCGCGCCCAAACGCAGCGUCUUGGACUUGAUUGUGGAUAAUCUCAGCGAGCAGUACCUGACAACCUGCCCCACGGAUCAGGAGUACGAUGUCACUCACACUGUCCGGCAUCCAGGUGCUCCUGCGAUCAUUACAGAGUGGCUGCGUACACUUCUACUUCGUGAAUGGGACGGCAAUCCACAGGUCCCACGAAGCAGUGCUGUUGGAGGCGCGGUGCAGAUUCUUUCGACACUGUACAGAGAACGGAAUCGUCUCGGUCUUGUCCCUGAAGACUUUCACACGCAAUUUUUUGCAGAGAGGCUGGAUCCUCUGGAGAUGCCUGUGGAAUGGCUAGGGACCAUGUCUAAUAACAACAAGACUAUGCAUCUAUUGUCAUACUCGUUUUUGUUUCCACCACCGGCUUUGGUCAUCUACUUCCGUGCUUUGAAUUACUCCGUCAUGUCCAAAUAUUACGAAUCUGCGAUGACUACAACCCGUCAUGUCACUCAGACGGCAUUUGGCCCCAUCCAUGUCAAUGACGACGUAUCCCUGCUGUCGCGGAUGAAGACAUCGAUGUCGACAUACUUGGUCCUGGUUGUACGACGCGACAACGUCGUUACUGAUGCGCUGAAUCAGCUUUGGCGACGCGAAAAGCGCGAGCUGAUGCGUCCGUUGAAGGUGCAGAUGGGCAUGGAUGAGGGCGAGGAAGGCCUCGACCAUGGUGGUGUACAGCAGGAGUUCUUCCGAGUGCUCAUGGCAGAGGCUUUGGAUCCGUCUUACGGCAUGUUUACCGUCGACCCGCGUACGCGGAUCUCAUGGUUCCAGCCAUGCUCGUUGGAGCCGCUUUAUAAAUUCGAACUCCUUGGGCUUUUGCUGUCUCUUGCGGUGUAUAACGGUCUAACCCUACCGGUUAACUUUCCGGUUGCCUUCUACCGCAAAUUACUUGGCCUCAAGGUGAAGCACCUGGACCAAAUACAGGAUGGCUGGACUGAACUAGCCAAGGGUCUCGAGGGGCUUUUGACAUGGCAGGACAGUGACGUGGGAGACAUCUUCAUGCGAACCUACGAGUUCAGUUUUGAAGCCUUCGGACGCGUGGAGACUGUUGACAUGCAGCGAGUCGACCGAGACGCCAUGUGGCCGCUGCCGUCGAGAUCCAUGCCUGUUGAUGGUAAAUACUCAACUGCCUGGUCGGACGUCCCUCAUUACGGAGACCGCGCGAACCCGAGUCCGCCCUCCUCGAUGGCUGCCGAAGCGACGGAACUCAUGUCCUGCGAGUCGUCACAUGGGGACUUUGCCAAAUCCAUGGAAGGCUCGAUCUCAAUACAGUCUCCUACGCCGCCGGCCGAAGAAGCGUGUCUCGUGACAAACCAGAAUCGCCAUCAAUUCGUCAAGGACUAUAUCUUCUGGCUGACGGAUAAGUCAAUCCGGCCGCAGUAUGAGGCAUUCGCGCGGGGGUUUUACACCUGUCUCGAUCGAUCUGCCUUGUCAAUCUUUACUCCGGAGGCAUUGAAGACGGUCGUCGAGGGGAUCCAGGAGAUUAACGUGAAAGAGCUCGAACAGCACGCGCGGUAUGAGGGUGGAUUCGGUCCGAGCCACCCUGUUAUCCGGGAUUUCUGGAGCAUUGUGCAGAAAUUCUCGGCGGAGAAAAAAGCGCAACUUCUGGAGUUUGUCACAGCAAGCGACCGCGUGCCUGUUAACGGGAUUGCGAGCAUAAUGUUCGUUAUCCAGAAGAACGGAGUGGGGGAUGCUGUAAGUUUUCCUUCAUCUAUCUUCCGGUUUUGCUCCAUACUAACUCGAUUGCAGCGCCUUCCAACCAGUCUAACUUGUUUCGGCCGGCUUCUCCUGCCGGAAUAUUCCUGCAAGAGCGUAUUGGAAGAGAAGUUAAACAAAGCUUUGGAAAAUGCCCGGGGCUUUGGCGUUGCAUAG